AUGCUCAUAUCGGAGCAAUUCAGCCCUCACGAUGAAGCAUUCUCGAUCUACAAUGUCAUCGGUCACUCGAAACGGUCAAGUACUUCGUCGAUUCAGCACUUUAGACGAAAGCAUUGCGGUUCUGUACCCACCGGCGUAAUCAACAGCACCGCAUCGGCUUUCGGUCUUCCGCUGCAACGGCGUGAAUUUACUCAAAUGAUCAAGCGCGCCUGCUGUCAAGGAAGACCCACUAGGCUGGUCUUCUCUUCCUUCAAUACGAUCCUCAACACUUUAACAGCGCCCGCAUCAGCGAUCCUCAGCACACUCACAUCUCAAGCCUGGCAACCACUCGUAUCAACAUGCAAAAACAGCACACUUUCUCAACUGCAGAAAAUACAGAUAGGAAGGCUUGUGCUAUUUCAAGGCAACGAAAGCAAGGCGAAAAAUGUAUUUGGUGCGGACAAAGAAGGCGUACCGGUUGCGUAUCUGCACGUACACGAUGACAAGUUUUGGGUUCGAUUGGCACUCUUCGCUGAUAUGGGUUUUGCUGAGGGCCACAUGCUUGGAGAGGUCAGCUCGCCCGAUCUGACCAAAUUCAUCGAGCUCUUCAUCCUGAAUCGAAAUCACCUCGGCAAUGGCUCGAACCUCACAGCAGCGAUUUCAUCAGGACUAGCAGGUCUGGUCCGUGGCUGUAACGACCUGAAGAACGCGAAGUUGAACAUCAUGGCACAUUACGACAUCUCGAACGAAAUGUUUGCGGCAUUCCUCUUGCCGGACAUGACAUACUCGAGCCCUAUUUGGCUACCAAAGUCAGACCCAAAGUUUUCAGGCGAGAGUCUCUACGAUGCGCAAAUGCGCAAGCUCGAUCGCUUUGCCGUGCGGGCCGUACAGCAAACAGGAUGCAGAGUGACUUCCCUGACCCUGUCAAUUGAACAGAAAGAUCUAGCAGAAGAGCGGAUACGUGAGGUAGGAAUGUCUGACAAGAUUACAAUACUUCUUUGCGACUACCGAAGUAUCGAAGUACCAGAGACAGGAGCGUUUGACAAGACUGUGUCGAUCGAGAUGCUGGAAGCUGUUGGCCAGGCGUACCUCAAGACCUACUUCCAAUGUGUGGAUAAGCUGCUGAAGGAGGGUGGCAUCGCAUGCUUCCAGUGCAUCACCAUGCCAGACGGCCGCUACGAAGCCUACGCAAAGCCCGAAGACUUCAUUCGCCGAUACAUCUUUCCCGGCGGCUACUUGCCCGCAGUUUCAGAGCUCGUCUUGUCGAUACAAAGCGCAUCCGGUGGCUCUCUUGUCGUCGACAGCAUCGAAAACAUUGGCCCACACUACUCAAAAGCGCUGCGAUCGUGGAGAGAGGAACUUCUGAACAACUGGGACGGCAGGAUAAAGCCGCAAUUAAUCAAGGAGAAGCAAGGCGAACUGGACGAUGAGGGUGCAGAGAUCUUUAAGAGGAAGUGGGACUACUACUUCAGAUACUCAGAGGCAGGCUUCUCGACAAAGACGCUCGGAGAUGUGAUCAUCACAGUAGGAAGGGAAAGUGCGACACAGAUGAUGGAAGACGUGCCAUUGUAAACAUUCCCAACAGGACCUUUUGUACAAGCAUCGCGAUUGCAGUCACUCUUUGCUUUCCCGCAAGAUACCACAUAGGCGCUAUCCUAUACCAAUCCUAACAUGCAUUUCCAAUCGACCAAAUCCCGUUUCAUAAUUUACUCUUAUACUCCUGCACCAAAGCCCGCAC